AUGAGUGCGUUUGGUGAACGCCUGGUAGACGCACUAUCACUCUGGAUUGAGCUUGGCGACGGAGCACAUAUCGCUGAAGGAGAUUGGGAGUAUCGUCUUGUCACAUUUCUGGGAUACCAUCGGAAUACCGCCCCCGAUUAUUCGAGAAACGUCGCAAAGUUCAUAUUGGAGGUUCAUCGGCGAGGCUCUUUUCCGGAUGAAUCGUGGAUGAGGGCAUUCAUCGACUUGAAAGGUUGGUGGGAUGCGAGAUGGGUCAAUGCAAACGAUGUGUACGAGUACUUCGGGGUUAAUACAACACCGGGCAGCGGAGGGGUCGUCCGAGUCGGUCCUUCUUUGGAUGCACGUACAGACACCCUCCCAGCGUUGCUACAUCCACAUUCCGUUCGCGAAGGGAGAUCAUUGCCACAGCUCAGUUCGAAAUCCAACCAUUCAACCGUCUGGUACGACGAUGGUGGUGAUGGCACGCAAUCUGAGCGUAGGGCCUCCGCGUCGAACGCACUCUCGACUUCCGGGACCCUACAGGCGCAGCGGACCGACUCUCACUCGAAUGCAGAGCCCAGAGGUGGACAGGAGAGCGUCACUGAUCACGAUUUGCUUCCUCGUGACGAGCAGAUUCACCUCGAGGGCCUGAAAGUCAGCACCAUACGAAGCACUUCAUCAAAUGUUGUGGAGGAAGAGAUCAACGGAAUGGAGGGCGGCCAGGAGCGUGCGAGCGAGCUGGAAUCCCCUACCUCGGCCGGACAGAAUGCGGAGGAUACGUUGGAUAGAACUUUACCCCGCGGCGAAGUACCGUCGUUGAGUCAAAAUAGACUGGUGCCUCGUGUCGGAAGCCAGCACAGCGAUGGAGGGCAGGCGGAUGCCACCAACAAUGUUCUCAUACGAGCAGACGUUGAGCACGACAAUCUCACUGAGAAUAUCGGAGACGACGCCAAGUCGUCACUUGCGGCGGAGGAGGGAUGA